AUGGGGCUACUCGAACGCCGAAAGGCGAUCGAGGAGGAGAUCGCCAAAACGCAGAAGAACAAAAAGACAGAGUACCACAUCGGCCGCCUCAAGGGGCAGCUGGCGCGCAUCAAGACGGAGAUGAUGGAAAACGCCGCGAGGGCUGCCGGGGCCCGUGGCGGCGACGGGUUUGAGGUGCGGAAGAGCGGUGAUGUACGUUGUGCCCUCGUAGGUUUCCCCUCCGUCGGAAAAUCAUCGUUUCUCUCCCGCGUGACAGCGACGGCGAGUGAGGCGGCGGGCUACGAGUUUACCACACUGACAUGUAUUCCGGGGAAGCUCAUGCACAAGGGUACGGAGAUACAGAUCUUAGACCUGCCUGGUAUCAUUGAAGGGGCAGCGGAAGGGAAAGGUCGCGGCAGGCAAGUUAUCGCAACUGCACGAACAGCCGAUAUGAUCAUUUUGAUGUUAGAUGCCGCCAGGGCAGAGGCGCAGAGGAGCAAAAUCGAGGCGGAGCUUGAAACGGUUGGUAUUCGCCUUAAUCAAAGAUUUCCAGAUGUGACGUAUAAAAAGAAAGCAUCUUGUAGCAUGAAUGCGAUCAGUUUCACCUCCACUGUCAAGCUAACAAUGGGAAUGUCAGAAUCUUUGGCGAAGGAGAUUUUGAAGGAUUAUGGAAUUCACAAUGCCGACGUCAUUAUUCGCGAAGACAUCACCAUUGAUCAGUUUAUUGAUGUGAUUGAAGGUAAUCGAAGGUACAUGCCUUGUCUAUACGUCUACAAUAAAAUUGAUACAAUUACAAUGGAGGAAAUGGAUCGAUUGAGUCGGCUACCGCAUUCUGUUGUGUUGUCACUUCACUGGGACCUUAAUGUGGAUGAAGUCAUUGAAGAAAUUUGGGAGCACCUCAAUAUAAUCCGUAUCUACACGAAAAAGCAUGGUAACCAGCCAGAUUUCGUAAAGCCAUAUGUGGUGAAGCGAAACUCGACUGUGGAGCACAUAUGCAAGAGGAUACAUAAAGACAUCGCGUCGAGAUUUAAGUACGCUUUGGUGUGGGGUACGAGUGCCAAGCAUCAGCCGCAGCGAGUAGGUAUCGGACAUACACUGGAGGAUGAAGAUGUUUUACAGAUAAUGUUAAAAACGUCUAAUGAGUAG